AUGGCACCGCCAGCGUUAACCCUCCUCCGAUCCUACGCUCAAAAAUCUAACCCAAGCACACUCCCUUCCUCUAUCCUUUAUUCACAUACCCCAACGACUUUGACUAUCUUUGACUGCUACCCCAAAUCCAUCUUCCACUUCCUGAUUCUUCCUCGCCCCUCCACCUCUGUUAACGUUUUCGAUCUGGCCACCUUGCGUACCUUGCUUAAGAAUAAAAACAGAGAAAAAGCAAGAGAGGUGAUAUUCGGGCUCAGAGACGAGGCGCAGAAGCUCAAAAAAGAUAUCGAAGAGGAGAUGAGGGACAGGUAUGGGUUUGUGUGGGAGGUUUGGACGGGGUUUCACGCGGUGCAGUCUAUGGAACAUAUGCACUUGCAUGUGAUCUCCGCGGACCUGACGGCGCCUGCGAUGAAAAAGAAGAAACAUUACAACUCGUUCCAUCCCAAACUUGGGUUUUUCCUCCACCUAGAAGAUAUCGUGUCCCUGUUCGAUGCAGAAUCUUUGUAUUUCGACACGAUGGCAGAGCUCAAACCCUCGAAGUACGAACCCAUUCUCAAAGAGGAUCUCGUGUGCUUCCGAUGUCACAAACCGCAGAAAAAUCUACCUGCGCUCAAGAUGCAUUUACAGACCGAAUGGGACAACCUGCGGAAGCGGGAGAAAGCCCGGCUCGAGAAACAACACGAUCCGGAUGAAACCACUGCGAACAAGGCUGCGAACAAGGCUACGGUCAACGAGCGCAAGAGGGGACGAGAAGACGGGAGCGAAGAUGAACCAGGGCCGACAUCAGACACGGCCGCGAGUUCUACAAGUGGAAAGAAAAGACGAGAGAUCGAUGCGGACGACUGA